AUGUCAUCCGUCAUGCAUUACUAUCCAGUGCAUCAGCCCAAGAUGAACGCCUAUCCAGCGCCCGUCGUCAAAUACAGUAAUCUACUCUAUGGCCAUCAUCAUCAUCAUCAACAGCAGCAGCAGCAGCAGCAGCCACUUCCAGCAUUGUCCAGCUAUCAGCAUCCAGCCACUGGACUACUGCCCAUGUCCAUAAGCGAGCAGCCCACACAGCAGCUCUCCUCUGAUGACAACAUGCCACUGCAGCCGGCACAGGAGCAACAGCGCGUCAAGCUGAAGCGUUCACGCACCGCCUUCACCAGCGUGCAGCUGGUGGAGCUGGAGAAUGAGUUCAAGAGCAACAUGUAUUUGUAUAGAACGCGCCGCAUUGAAAUUGCUCAGCGUUUAGCAUUGUGUGAGCGCCAGGUUAAGAUCUGGUUCCAGAAUCGUCGCAUGAAGUUCAAGAAGGACAUACAAGGACAUCGCCAGCGUGAUGCCAAGCUGCCCAGCGCCAAGUUAACGCAGCCGCAAGCAGAGCAAAGCGCGCAUCGCGGCAUUGUGCAGCGUCUCAUGUCCUACUCACAGGAUCCCAGCGCUGAAAAACGCGCAGCCACUGCAGCUACAGCUGCUCCAACUGUGACGGCUGCUCCAACGAGCAACAGCACUUCAGAGCUGAGCGAAAUUCUAGAACAUCUGGCUCAAAGCAAUGUUGCAGCCGCUGCACCCAAUAGUCUGCCCGUAAACCCAAAUACAGGUGGUCACUAUUCGUAUAAUGUGGACUUGGUAUUGCAGAGCAUUAAGCAAGAUCUGGAGGCAGCAGCGCAGGCUUGGUCCAAGUCACAUCGCGCACAGCCCAAGCCAAGUAACUUGGAUGCCAGCGCCAUGCUGCCAGCUCCAACAAUCUCCAUGAAUCUAGCCUGGGGUGAGCCUGUGGCCAAGUCGAGAAAGUUAAGCGUCAGCCACUUGAAUCCCUGCACCACCGCCUACGACUAUCAUAAUUAA